UAACUCAUUAAUAUGAUAAAUUCACAUUCAAAUUUGUUUAUGUGCCUGUAUGUUAAACACAAAAAGUGUUUUACACUGACAUUUAGAUGUAAUGAACAAAUGACUUUACUCCGAGAUUUCUCUAAAUGUAACAGGGACACCUGUUUUCAUAUUAUGACAUGCGCACGGUACAAAUCAAAAUAUAAAAUCUAGAGUAACAGUCAGGGAAAUCUCAGAUCAAAAGAAUAAAUUGACAUCAACAACAUAUUCAAACUUGCAUUAAAAAAAAAUAUGUUGGCAAUUUGAUUCUUGCAUGUAUACAUAACGACUAUGUCUAUUCUCACACAGUCUAAUUUUCGACCAAUUACAAGUAAGCACCCUUUCAAAACAUACAUGUAGUUAAAGAUUACAGAGCUCACCAAGACAAGACAUUAACCUUUUACAUGAUACCACCAUUAUGAUUUUAUUUGAAAAUCGUAGUUCAAUAUGAUUAUUCCAUUAUAAAUUGUACUGUAUAGUAUGAUACAAUAUUGUAUUAAUGUGUCCGAUUUUCAAUAUCAUUUUUUAUCAUAUGAUAUGAUAUUGUAUCAUGUAGUAAAUUAAAAUUUUACAAUAAAAUAUUUUGAAAUGAAAAGUCACCUGACUUUUUAAAAAGUCAAUCUACUUAUCGCAAAACAAACAUUUAAGCAUCAAGAACUUGCUUGCACAAAUGAUACAUCAUACAUUUAAUAACUGCUUAUCAAAGUCCUUUAAUGAUCAAUUGCUCACAAAACUUAACAUCUAUAUUAAUGUUCAAAAUAUUGAUUAAGAACCUGUCUAUAAGCUUUGUACAGGUCUUAUUCCAUGCAGGCUUAUAUAAAACACUUUUCUUCAAUGAUUUUGGAGUGCUCUUAAUUGAUAAGUAAAAUGAUUGCAUUAAGUCAAACCAACAAAAUAUGCACCACUUUAAAACAUUCAUUAGGCCACUUUUACAUUCAGCUUUUACAAAAUCUAUUUGAUCAUUGAAAGUCCUUAAAAAUAGAUGUACUUUUAUUGAGCUUAUCUCAUGGAAUAUCUGGAAAUGACAUUUAUCAUGUUUAAAUAACAUGUACCAAAACAUGUAUAUCUAAAAAAGAGAUGCUAAAAUAUAGAACUUUUAUGCCUAUUAAAUAAAUCCAGUUAUGUCAUUCGAUCUGACAACAUACCGCACUAUACAUGAUGAAUUAUAAAUAUUGUUGAAUAUUUCAAAUGAAAAAUCGUGGUGUUUUAUGUUUUACUAUUGUUUUUUUUUAAAUUAAGUAAUGAUUAAACAUGCUAUAAACUAUAUUGUAAGGUAAAAUUUCCUUGGACUUUAGGAAGAUUUUCAUUCUAAUACAACUGCAAAAUUGUAGGCACAAUUACAUGGUUUGAAAUCAUAAUUUUCAUAUGUAUAAACUGGUACUAUGAAUCAUUUUAAUUAAAGCAUUGGAGUAGUCUGGAUUGAUGUCAAUACAUGUAUUGCAUUAAGACUUUAUAUGAAUGCCAUAUCAAAUGAGGAAAUUUUAUUUAGAGAAUGAGCGCCCUGGUACAUACUGAAUCUAAUUUUUGAAAAAACUCUAAUCAAUAUUAUUUGAGGAGAAUUUAUUGUAAAAUUAUGUGAAUCUAUAAAACCAUCAAAAUAAUAUUUGAUAACAUUUUUUAUGAAAAAGCAACACAAAAAAAUUGAUGUAAUUCAGUGAGCUUACACCCCGUAAAUUUACUAAUACUAUACUUUUUGAACCUUACACGCCUACUGCUAAAGCUUAGAGUGGUGAGCAAAGGUCUAAAUGUGUAAUACUUCCCCAUAAACAGUACAUGUAUAUACAGUAACAUGUACAUAGCUUUACUUUUUUCAAUUUUUUAACAUUUCUUUAAAAACACAUUUCAUAAAUGAACAUGAAAAAUUUUCAAAUCUUCCAACAAACUAACAAUCCUCCACUGAUAUGGCUUAUUUUGUAUAGAUCAAUUUAUUUUUCAAUUAUGCCUCUUCCUUUUUAAGAGUAUAGACAAAUAAGUCUAUAUACUGAGCAAUAAGGAAGUGGACCCUAAUUUCAGGAAUUUAUCAUCAGGUUCAGAGAGUGAGCAAAAUGUGUCAAUCUUCAUCACGACAAAGAUAGCUACACAGAAUUCUUCAGUGCAGUUUUAACCAAAUAAAACAGUGGCUAGAAAUGUUGCUGUGACAAAGUAAUAUAAUGGCACUCAUUGCAGAAAAAAUUGACUGUGGAAAGUGUGCGAAGCCGGCUGAAUGUGUGUGCAAGACCUGCGGAGAAAACUUCUGUGAAAAAUGUAAACGACAACAUUUGAAAUCCAAAUCCACCAAGAAUCACCAGUUGUCUCCCCUAGCUUUCUCUGAUAGGGAUGAAUGUGUACUGCACACAACACACACGUAUGACAUGUGUUGUAAAGACUGUGAUGUCCCAGUGUGUGUUAAGUGUGUUACCGAAAACCAUGUGGGGCAUGUGUUUGUGGAAAAAGAGAUGUUGUAUCAACAGAAAAAGGACACGGUUCUCUCCAUUAUCUCUACCCUGAAGAAUAAACUAGUUCCCAAGUGUAAGGAUACACAUAACCAGGUCCUCGAAAACAUUACCAACUGUAAGCAGGUCAUGGCCAACAUAAGGGGCCGAAUUAGAGACACUGCUCAAGAAAUUAAGUCACUAGUAGAUGCAGUGCUUGAAAAGAACAUGGCCACACUUGAGAGAAUGGAGAUUUCCUUGUUGCAGAAACUUUUGUCAGAGGAGAGUACAAUUAGUGACCAGUUGACAUUAUUGACGGAUAAGUUGGAUGAUUUAGAGUAUAGAUAUCAGAACUGUACUCCUGCUCAACUGAUGCUCACAGCCGAUACCAAACUGCCACUAAAAGAGGAAAAUAUUCCAUAUCCCAAACAGCUGACUUUGCCCGAAUAUCACAGCAAAUCUAUACCUGAGGACAAGAUUUCUCGACUCUUUGGAGAAAUCAUUGAAUCCCCCGAUGCAAUGGAAGUCCCUAUUACUCCUGUGCAUGAUCUUGGAAACCUUUACAAUAACAUGACAUUCCCUGUCCAAAAAGUCAUUGGUUUUGCGCCCUCUGACAUCCAAUACGGGCGUCACAUCAGCUGCAUGAGGAACAGUUGUGCAUGGGUUAGUGACCGUCUGAGUAACAUGACUUUGGUGAACAUUCAAGGGACAACUCUGGACACUUUCUCCAUCAAAAGUAAAGGGGAUGGGUACCACUGUGCCACAAUGACCAAUAAUCUACUCUACAUUGACAAAGCCAUGAAAAGGAUCAGCAAACUCCUUCCAAAAGAGAAGAAAGUAGAGAGCCUUUUCUCUAUUCCUAAAACCUGGGCCGCAAUAAGCAUUCAUUCCUCUUGGAUCAAUGAAGACAUUUUGAUAGGCAUGCACAACAAACAGGAGGCCAAAAUAGUUCGCUUUGAAAGCACUGGAAAAGAACUAGAAACUAUUCAGAGAAACAGCAAGACUGGGGAAGACCUGUACUGCUACCCCCACUACAUCACAGAAGGACCAACAGGGGAUGUCUGUGCAUCCGACUUUGAAAAAUUCUCCGUCAUAACUGUCAACAGGAAAGGGGAAUACAAAUUCACCUAUAAAGGGCCCAAGAAGGCACAGUUUUUUCCACAUGGAAUUUGCACUGACAAAGUAGGAAAUAUCCUGGUUUGUGACAAUCAGUGCAAGUACAGAAUCCACAUGUUGGAUCCCGAUGGAGUUUUUCUACGCUUCCUCUUGUCUAAGGAUGAUGGCAUCCUAGAACCACUUGGAUUAUGCAUCGAUGAUUGUAAUAAUCUCUGGCUUGGUCAAAGAGGAAAAGAGUUUGUGUCAGUCUUCAAGUAUAACACCCAUGUCAAUGAAAAUUUGUACAUGUAAUUGAUAAUGAAACUGUCACAUCCUUACCAAAUAAUACCCAUAUCAGGACAUGCAUAACUAGUCAAAAUUAUGUUGAACUUAUAACAUGCCAAAGGGAAAUUUGUCACUGGUACAUGUAUUUACAUGUAUUUCCUUUUCCCUGAUUACUUUGAUUUUCAAAGUAUGUCUGUUUACCAUCAUGUUGAUUUUUUGUUUAUCUAUACUCUCAAUAAAUGAUUUACAAAAGAAG